AUGCGUUCCGUUCAAUAUAAGGCAGAAAGAAAGUAUCGGGCGGCUGAAUAUAUGAAGCAGGAGAGGGAUACAAAAUGGAAGUGGUCAGACCAGAAAAGGGUUAAGUUUCAUCCAACGAUUAUCACGGAAUAUAUCGAAUCUGUUUGGCAAGACAAACAAGAAUUGGUCAACUACCGUCGAGAUUUGGAUUUGUUAUAUCCUGAUAUACCAUACAGCGAAAGGUGUCAAAGAAGGAGUGAAAAUUGUAACAAAACAAAACAACGUCUUCGUAACAACAAAUCGUACGAUAGGCUCUACAUGGACCAUCCUUCGGGACUCUAUAAUUUACCCUCCUAUGCAGACUGUGAUUGUGAUUUAGAAUAUGAAUCAUAUGCCAUAAAGAAAAAAAUCGCUUGGGAGCUAUCGACUGCCCCACCUAUAUUCUCCCAUAUACAUCCAUUUGACGACAAUUUAACAUUAUUUUUCAAUAGUUACCUCGGCAGAACAAUAGACAAAAGACCUAUUUAUCAGGAAAGUCAUGGUGACGAGAGAAUUGAAUCGCCUUAUUAUGUAGAAGAAGAUAUAUUUAACAUGCCGUAUGAGAUUGAAAGAAGACUAUGGGUCUACAGAAUAGCAAAAUUUCGAGAAUGGAAGCUAUCAUUUUCGAAAAAAAAUGUUGUUUUACCAACAAAUGACAGUACUACUGGUAUUUGUAAGUAUUCAUCCUCUUUUGAUUGUGAUGCUUAUCCCUUUAAACGUAUAGAAGAUCCUAUGAUGUACUUUAAGUCUAGUUUUUAA